AUGUACGGCUUUGUGAAUUAUGCCCUGGAGUUGUUGGUCUUGAGAAACUUCGGAGAAGAAGCAUGGAAGCAGAUUAAACAAGAAGCCUACCUGGACAUGGAUGGUGACUUUCUAGUCCGUCAAGUUUACGACGAUAGCGUCUCCUAUGAUCUGGUGGGCGCCGCAUGUAAAGUCCUCAAUGUGGACGCUGCCACAGUGCUGGAGCUGUUCGGGAAGAUGUUCUUCAUCUAUUGCCAGGAGUCCGGUUAUGAUAAAAUUCUCAAGGUGCUGGGAGCCACGACCAGAGAGUUCCUGGAGAACCUGGACGCCCUCCACGACCACCUGUCCACCAUCUAUCCUGGCAUGCGUGCCCCGUCGUUCCGAUGCUCCAUUCGCCCAGAGGAUGGCGCCACUGUUCUGCAUUAUUAUUCUGACCGUCCAGGACUAGAGCACAUCGUCAUUGGCAUUGUUAAGGAGGUGGCCAAUGAACUUCACAAUUCACCCGUCAACGUAGAGAUAAUAAAAAGAAAGGACGAAGACUGCGACCAUAUCCAGUUUGCAAUUACAGAACAGAACCAGCGUGCGGACAUUGACAACACCGACCUUGAUGUCUUUGAACACAGCUUGUCAUCGGAGCCCAAAAUUAGCCCAGCAUCUUUCUGUAGAGCCUUCCCGUUCCACCUGCUGUUUGACAGAAAUCUGGUCAUCCAACAAGCUGGCACAUCAAUAAGUCGUGUGAUUCCUAAGGUGACCCAAGGAUGUAAACUGACUGAACUGUUCGACAUGAUUCGGCCACACAUGGAGUUUGGCUUCGAUCACGUCCUGUCCCACAUCAACACCGUCUUCGUGCUGAUCACUAGACAGGGUGUACUCAACAAGGACGACCUCUCCGACCCACAGGCUGAUCUUGGCGGCGAGAAGCAGCAGAUGAGGCUGAAGGGACAAAUGAUUUACGUCAGCGAGUGCGACUCCAUACUCUUCAUGUGCUCCCCCAGCGUCAUGAACCUGGAUGACAUCAGCAGGCGGGGCUUGUACUUGAGUGACAUCCCCCUUCACGACGCUACUCGGGAGCUGGUGCUCCUGUCCGAGCACUGGGAGGCCGAGUACAAGCUGGCUCAGAACCUGGAGGUCCUCACUGACCAGCUGCAGAUGACCUACAGAGACCUGGAGGACGAGAAGAAGAAAACAGAUAGGUUGAUGUACUCCAUCUUGCCGCCCUCUGUUGCUAACGAGCUUCGCCACAGGAGACCUGUCAACGCCAUGAAAUACCAGAACGUCACACUGCUCUUCAGCGGGAUUGUUGGAUUUGCCCAGUUCUGCGCUAAACACUCGGACACCGAGGGAGCCAUGAAGAUCGUGGAGCUGCUCAAUCUGGUCUACGUUCGGUUUGAUGAGAUGUUGGAGCCCACGAAAAAUCCCAAUAUUUUCAAGGUGGAGACAAUCGGUGACAAAUACAUGGCUGUUAGUGGGCUCCCGGAGAAGUGUGACGACCACGCCAAGUGUAUUGCCAAACUGGCGCUGGACCUCAUGGACAUCUCCAGAGAACUCAAGAGUCCCAACGGAGAUCAAAUCAUGAUUACAAUUGGCAUUCACUCCGGUGAGGUGGUGACGGGGGUGAUCGGCAAGAAGAUGCCUCGCUACUGCCUGUUUGGGAACACCGUGAACUUGACCAGCCGGACAGAGACCACUGGGGUCAAGGGCAGGAUAAACGUAUCUGAUGACGCUUACAGAUUUCUCCAACAGCCAGUGAACAGUGACAAGAGUUUCAAAUUCGAAUACCGUGGACAAGUAACGAUGAAAGGGAAGUCAACUCCCAUGAGAUGUUACUUUUUGUCUCGGAGGGAUCUGAGCCCCGAAAAGAAAUCCAGAACCUGUGAUUUAUAA